UGAACAACAUUACCGAACGCAACUAUCAACAAUCCUAGACUAAAACAAGUAGAAUAAUUGUCUCUUUACAAAUUAAUUAUUGUUUCUUAAAUAACAGUUGCAAUCCGAAGCUUUAGAAAAAAUACAAAGGAUAACUUGUAUUAUUCAAUCGACUCAAGAAUGACUUAAUAUUAGUAGAUUGCAACAAUAGUGACUGCAGAAAACAUAACUUAAGUUCUGUGAGUGACUGGUUAUAGAUGUCAUUUAAUAUUAUAAAUGGUAGAUGCUAAUAAAUUAAAAUUUGUAUUAACAUAAAUUGGAAUAAUUUCAUUGGAUUUAAACGGCAGUGCAUAUAUCUCAUCAUGUCUGAUGAAUUACAAAAUUACCAAUUACAACUCCAACAAGUGGAAGCUGCUCUAUUGAGCGACCCAGACAAUCAAGAAUUGCAGAAGCUUAAGAUAGAUUUGAAGGAAGUAAUAGAACUUACAUUAGAUCUUAAAAAUAAAGCUGAGGAAGCUGCUAAUCAACCAGAGUAUACGGAUCCAGUAGGAGUAACUGAAGAAGAUGAAAUCACAAAGUCUUUGCUUGCGGUUGAAGAGUUUGUUGCUCGAAACAGAACCAAAAAAAUGUGGAGGGUAGGAGAUAUAUGUAUGGCUAAGUGGAACGAAAAUGGACAGUAUUAUGAAGCAAGAAUAGAUGUUAUUAAUCCGGACGGACAGGUAAAUGUUACUUUUGAAGCUUAUAAAAAUAGAGGGGUUACUACUCUAUCCGAAUUACGUGAAUUCACAGGUCAGAAACGAGUCCUUUCAGAAUCAGAAAAAAUGAAAAAAGCCAAACUGCAUAAUAAAGAGUACUUGAAGAGAAAAAAGUUGAAAAAGCAACAGAGGUUCAAAGAGUUGGAAGAAGAGCGUGAAACAGAAAAGAAAAAAUGGUUAGCUUUUGCAAAUAAAGCGGUUAAAAACAAAAAGACAGGGUUAAAAACAAAAAGUAUAUUUGCUUCUCCAGAUUCUGUAAAUGGUAGAGUUGGGAUAGGAACUUGUGGAAUAAGUGGAAAACCAAUGACUGAGUUUACUACAGCAGAAAAAUGGAGGAAAGGUACAUAAGUGAAUAUAGAAGGAAUCUUAGCAAAUUGUCAUUGUUGUGUGAUUUAAUGAACUAUUUGGUGACAUUGUAUUUAUGAAAUAAAUGACUGAUCUUUGUUUCAAUGAUAUAAUUACAAAACUACAGCUUACCAAUUGUAUUUUUUUAUUAAAACUGUGUAGAAUUAAAAGAAAUUGUAAUAUUAAGCUGCUGAUGUGUUGAUUUUAUAUGGACUGUAUGUUAAAAAAAUAUUGGUUGAAAAAAAAUAAAUUACAUGUUCUGGUAAAAAA